AUGCAGUCGUCGACCCCAAGCCAGGCUCGCCGGUCAACAAAGCGGCGAAAAAUCGUUCCUGCAGUUGAUCCCGACGUGUUCGAAACUAUUGUCAGCUUUCCGGGUAUGCUAGCAGAUAUGAGCAGCAAUGAUCCUGUUGUUCGAUCCCGUGCGGUUCAAAGGCUUACAGUGUUAUCACCCUUGAUGCAACAACUCGCGCUGACAAAGAAAACCGCCGGCGUCCAUUAUGCUGCUGGGAAAUUCAAAUCUCUUGACCAGGCGUCUUCCCUCUCUGCUGAUGUGGACACUAUUAUCCAACGACUUCAAAGCUCCCGCUAUCACAGAAUCGAUAGGUCAGAAGCCUCUGUACGCGUCAUUGUCGAGCUGUUGAUUCUUGAUCGGCUCUAUCACCUUUCUGCUAAAGGGGCGCUCGAAUAUCUACAGCUCUAUCCGGAGGUAGACGUCGAUCUUCUACUCGGCGAUACGCAUGUCAGUGGCCAUACCGACUGGUUACUUUGCUAUGAUGAUCCUCGAGAUAGUAUUGAUGCGACGUUGAUUGCUAUAGAAGCUAAGCGGGGUUACGAAUUUUCCCUUGCCAACUCACAAAUGGCUACGUAUCUCGCAGCUAUACAGGCCAGUCGGGCCAGAAUCCAAAAGAUUCAUGCUAUUGCUUUCAGGAUCACGACGGAUAGUAAUGCAUAUCAGUUCUGGUUUAUAGACUCCGAACGGCGGCUUUUCUCUUCUGUGUCAUUUGAAUGGCGUCUUCAUAAGGCUAAGAUUAUCGCAUGGAUCGAUAAAAUGCUCGCCGAAGCGAUUGAGGCCUCACCACUAACAACGCUAACUCUACGACGGAAUAUCUCUCUACGUAACUGGGAGAAGGAUUUCCGACGGCGUCAGCUCUUGAGUUCGGAAUCAAAUGAUUCCCCUUUGACCGAGGGACUUCCCUUCGAUAUCAUUGUUCCAGAAUCAUGCCACCUUGUCGCGCGUGCAUGGUAUCAAGGACGAAAAGUUAUGGUCGUCGAAUACGAGGAGGAGGAGGAGGAGGAGGAAUCGGGUGGAGAUGAUGAAGAGGACGGAGAGAAUUGUGCUAUUUCUGGUUGA